AUCGUGAUCGUCGAUGACUCCGGGAUCGCACGGAACUCGAUGGUGGGCCCCUACAUAGAGGGCGACACCCUGCGGCUCUACUGCGACGUGUACGGCGGUAAGCCAGCGCCAACGGUGUCCUGGCAUCGCAACGACAGGCUGAUCAGCAACAAAACCCUGACGGUGAGGAGCGGCGUGACGCGCAGCGAGCUCGUUAUAAAGAAUUUAGGACGGGAUGAUGUACGCUCGAUGCUGACCUGCAACGCAACGAACAACAAUAGGUCGAUCCCGCUCUCCUCCUCCGUCCACGUCGACAUGAAUU